ACUGCAUUACAUAGAUCUAGAUCUACUUAUUUUAUUGUACUAGAUCUAGAAUCUAGAUAGAUCUAAAAUCUACAUCUAUUUCAUAUCCUAGAUCUAGUCUAUACGAGAAGUUAUAGAUUUAGAUUCUACUUAUUUUUUUAAAUUUAAAGGAAAGACACAGAAAUGCCAUUAGAACUUUGUGAAAUUGACCCAAGACGUCAAGUAUUGGGACCAGGAGACAAAGGUUUUUUGAUUAGCUUAACAAAAUCAAAAUGGAGUAAACCAGCUGGAGCUGAAAUCAUUAAAGUUUUUAAAAUGUUUGCUCCAAAAUACUAUGAAUACAAGUGUCCAGAGGAAGCAAAGAAUAAAAAGAGCAGUAAUGAUAAGGAUAACUGCUGUGGAAUACAGUUUAUACAAAGAGAAUUAGUUUACAAUAACUGUGGAUUUGUGGCAUCUAAUCUGGAGGAUCCUGCAGAAUUUGCCCAUUUUGUGUUCGCUAAAAUAUCUGAACAAAGAUUUGAUGCUUACAAGACCUCUAAAGCCAUUCGAGUCAUGCCAGUAGAAGCAGUUUGUGAAGCUAAAGCUAGGGCUGUGGAAGCAGCAAUACUUCCCUCCGUUUUAAAAAAGCUUGGACAAACUCAGGACGCUUUAAGAUUUUCCCUUAUUUUUCGGGGGCAUAGUACUGUAAACAGUCUACCACAACCGGAAGCUAAAGCAGUAAUCCGAAAUUGCAUCUGGUCUGUGAAUCCAAACUGCGUUCAAUGCAUCAAAUAUCAAGACUAUGCUGUUCUUAUGCAUAUGUUGCCCCCAGUCUUCCUUGUUGGGGUCUGUAAAGAUUUUCAAAGAUUAGGUGGUUACAACACUUGGACAGCCCGCCAAGGACCAGACCUGACUGAUUUGGGAGAGGAUAGUGAAGAUGAAAUCAGUGAUGACCCAGAGCUAGAGGAAGAUGAUGAGAAAAAAAGAAAGCUUAGAAUCAAAAGAAAGCGGCGUGCAGAGAAGGCCGGACUAAAGACUCUUGAAAGUUCUUUGAAAAAGUCAACAGAAAAGACUGAGCAGGAAGAGGAGCACAAUGAUGAUGAUCAUGAUGAAGAUGACCAAGAUCAUUAUGAGGAACAUAUUGAUGGUAAUUUGAAAGAAGAAAAUUGGGACGAGCCACAAGACAAUGAUCAUUCCCAACACUAAAUGCUAUCUUGGACUGUUUUGAAAACAUUUGUGUAAGCUAUGCCUACCUUUCUUUGACCAACUUUUGUGGAAUGUUUCCAUCACAUAGUAUGGUUCAAAUGUUAGCAGGAGAUUCACAGCUAACAUUGAAAUGCAAAUGAAUUUGUGAACUUGAUGGUGUGACAGUUGAACUGAAAAUGAGUUGUUUAUUUUUAUUGAAUGAAUUCACGCAUUACUGCAAGAGAGCACAAUAGUUAACUCAGACUUGAACUUAGAACAUUUUUUUUAGGCCACCCACUUACAUCACUUUAGCAACAAGUUCACUUACAUUGGCUAGUCAUGGGUUCAUGUCCUACAAAUGGUUCUAAGUGUGUUAGUUGUUUUCUGAAAAUCUGAAUACUGUGAAAGGUUUCUCAUCUACUUUUUUUAUUACCGGUACCUGUA